UAAUGAAAUAAGUCAUUUUCCUAGUAAUGCUUAUUACUUUGACUCUACAAACAUAAUUGUCAUCUAAAAUUGAUGUUGUUAUGGCACAUAUGGAUAAAAUGACAAUUAAAAAUGAAUUUUCAAAGCAACUUGCUGGAUUAAUUGAACUUAAAAUGUUAUAGAGUUCAUAUGUAGAGGAAGUAUUAAAAGAAAUCAAAACAAUUAGAGAUUAAUUAAUUGCAGAUUAAACUAUAGAGGAUCAAGAAUUUGCUAAAGUAUACAAUAUUAUUUAUAUAUAAUCUAGAAAAUUGGAUAAUUGAAUGUAGAAAUUGAAAUAUUAGAAAUCUAAACUGAAAAAUUAGCUAAAGAAUUACAAAGACUCAAUCAAUAAAUUGCAGAUUUAAAUGAAGAUAUUAGUAAAUUAAUUGGUACACAAUAAUCAUAAGAAAAAUAAUUAUCAACUUUGAAUUCUAAAGAAGAAGAUAUUAGAAAUCAAUAUAAAUUAGAAAUUGAAACUAUUUCAGUAUAUCUCAUCAAUAUUUCUAGUAAAGAACAACAAACAAUAUCAAAUCUAUUGAUGGAUUAAAUGAAAUGAUUGCUAAAUUAUAAUAGGCUGUAUUUGCUGAAUAAAGUAAAACAACUGUACUUUCAUAAUAACAUACUAAAUAAUAUGUUGAUUAACUUGCUAAUUCAUUAGGACCUAAUCAUCCUAUUACAGCACUUGUCUCUGUUACAACUAAGUAUUUAACUAUUUAUAUAUAUAUAUCAGAUUUGAUGUACCAACAGUUACCAGAAUUAUAUAAUUACUAGAGAAUAUUAGAGAUUAAAGAAUAUAAGAAAAUGCAGGUGCAAAUGAUUUUGUUGUUAAAGUUACAUAAUCAUAUGAAGUUACAUUAAAAGAAGUAACUGAAGUUAGAGAAAGACUUAGUGCUGAUUAUUCAAGAACACUUAUUACAUUAAAGAGAAGAAAUGAAGAAAAUGUAAUUUAUAUAUUCAUUAUUAAAUUAGACAUUAUCUACUAAAACUAGAAAUCAAAUAUAAAAGGAUUUACCUAUUGCAUUAGAUUUACUCUAAUAAUAUAGAAAUGAAAGAGAAAUUGUUCAAUCAAAUUAUAAUUUAAGAUCUGCUAAAAGAGAAAAUGAAGUUAAAAUUAUUACAUAAGCUUAUACUAUAGUAGCCUAAUAAGUUAAAGUUUGA